AUGCCUCAAUCCGCCCUCCUCCUCGGUUCCGGCUUCGUUGCCACUCCUGCCGUCGAAGUCCUCGCCAAGGCUGGCGUUCACGUUACUGUUGCUUGCCGUACUCUCGCCUCGGCCAAGAACCUCGCUGGAACUUUCGACAACACCAACGCCAUUAGCCUCGACGUCAACGAUUCCGCUGCUCUCGAGGAGGCUGUUGCUAAGCACGACAUCACCAUCUCUCUGAUUCCCUACACAUACCACGUUGCCGUCAUCAAGGCCGCUAUCAAGGCCAAGAAGAAUGUCGUCACUACCUCUUACGUCUCUCCUGCUAUGGAGGAGCUUCACGAGGAGGCCAAGGCUGCCGGUAUCACAGUCCUGAAUGAGAUUGGUGUUGACCCUGGUGUCGAUCACCUUUACGCCGUCGACUUCAUCGACCGCAUCCAGCAGGAGGGUGGCAAGAUCAAGUCCUUCAAGAGCUUCUGCGGUGGUCUCCCCGCCCCUGAGAACUCCAACAACCCCCUAGGCUACAAGUUCAGCUGGAGCAGUCGAGGUGUCCUUCUGGCCCUCAAGAACAACGCCAAAUACUACGAGGACAACAAGCUGGUUGACAUCACCGGUGUGGAUCUCAUGGGCACUGCUAAGCCUUACCACACCGGCUACUUGGGUUACAACUUUGUUGCCUAUGGAAACCGCGACAGCACUGGUUACCGCCAGCGCUACCGCAUUCCUGAUGCCGAGACCGUCGUCCGAGGAACCAUUCGCUAUAAUGGUUUCCCCCAGUUCGUCAAGGCUCUCGUCGACAUUGGCUUCCUCAGUGUCGAUGAGCAAGACUUCUUCAAGCAGGCUAUUCCUUGGAAGGAGGCCCUCCAGAAGUUCAUCGGUGCUAGCUCAUCAAGCGAGGAGGAUCUGAUCAAGGCUGUUCUCUCAAAGACCUCUAUCAGCGACGAGUCUGUCAAGAGCCAAGUGCUAGCUGGUCUCAAGUGGAUUGGUGUCUUCUCUGAUGCCAAGACCACCCCUCGUGGAACAGCCCUCGACACCCUGUGCGCCACUCUUGAGCAGAAGAUGGCCUAUGAGGAGGGCGAGCGCGACCUUGUGUUCCUUCAACACACUUUCGAGGUCGUCAACAAGGAUGGCAGCCAGAACACCUGGACUUCCACCCUUAUCGAGUAUGGUGCCCCUGAGGGUUCCGGUGGCUACUCCGCCAUGUCCAAGCUCGUCGGUGUUCCUUGUGGUGUUGCUACCAAGAUGGUUCUCGACGGUACUAUCACAGAUAAGGGUGUUGUCGCCCCUGUGUACCCUAGCCUUGCCAGAACGUUGAUGAAGCAGCUCAAGGCAGACCAUGGUAUCGAGUGCAAGGAAAAGAUCAUUGCUUAA